AUGUACAUCCUCACAGAACUCAUCCCUCUGCUCAUAGCGUGUUUUGGUGCCUAUGUUCUCUACGAAAUUGGGGAUUGGACGACAAGUCGCAAGAGAAAGCGAAUGCCCCCCGGUCCAAUGGGACUUCCUUGGAUCGGGAACAGGAGUCAGGUUCCGGCCAUCAAGCCGUGGCGUAAGUUCAAGGAGUGGAAUGAGCAGUAUGGUCCUGUUGUGUCGCUCUUCCUUGGCCGUACACCCGUCAUUGUUCUUGGGACUGCUCAAGCAGCUUGGGAUUUGAUGGAGAAGCGCUCAGAUAUCUAUUCGAGCAGGCCGCGGUUCAUUAUGGCUGGCGAGAUCUUGUCUGACGAUAAUCGAGGGCUGAUGAUGCCAGCGGGGAAGAACUGGCAACAGUUCCGAAAGGUUUUGCAUAGCGGUUUGCACAGUCGUAAAGCGGAUACCUACAAGGACAUACAGUCCCUUGAGUCGAAGAUUCUCAUUCACCAGCUUUUGCGCGAUCCCAAGGGUUACGAGAAUCACAUUCGGCGCUAUGCGGCGAGUGUUGUGGUGUCUCUGACCUAUGGCAAGAGGGUGGAGAGUGUUGACGAAUGGAUCGUUAAGGAAAUGUCUGACUCUAUGGACUGUAAACUUAACCAGGUAGCUAUACCUGGCAAGUACGUCGUAGAAUCGUGGCCCUGGCUCUUGAAGCUGCCGAAACCGUUGCAAUGGUUUCGACGUGAAGCCCUCAUCCAACGCGAGCGCGAUAUCCGUCUUCUCACAUCGCUUGUUGCCGACGUCAAGAAACGCACUGAAGAAGGCACUUGUCCGCCCUGUUUGGCGCAGCAAGUCCUCGGCGAAAAGGGGAAGCUUGGGAUAACUGACAUCAGAGCGGCCUAUACAGUUUCCAGCCCCUUUGGCGCCGGCAUUGAGACGACUUCUGGAACUCUCUUUACUUUCAUGUUGGCUAUGUUGCAUUAUCCUAACGUUAUGCGGACUGCCCAGGCAGAGCUCGAUGCCGUUGUAGGGCCAGAUCGAAUCCCUGAUUGGACUGAUAGGCCAAACCUACAAUAUGUGCGUGCAUUGAUCCACGAGACCCUAAGAUGGAGGCCUGUCGCAGCCUUAGGAGGGAUGGCCCAUGCGAGCACGAAGGAAGACGUCUACGAGGGGAUGUACAUUCCGGAAGGGAGCACGGUCUUUGCCAACUUGAGCGGCAUAAUGCACGACCCGAGCAACUUCCCCUCUCCCAACACCUUCGAACCUUCUCGCUUCCUGCCCAACCAUCCCCUUAACACCGGCCAUCCACGCUUGCAAAACGAUACGUUCGACCUCCCCUUCGGCUUUGGCCGUCGUGCUUGCCCGGGAAUGCAUCUCGCCUCAAACUCUCUCUUUAUGAAUGUGGCGAGGAUUUUGUGGGGCUUUGAUAUCAGUCCUAUCAAGCGAAAGCUUCUUGAUGGGGGGCAAGAGAAGUGGGAGGACGUGCUGCCGGAUGAAUGGGCGUAUACGAACGGUUUCAAUUCGUGGCCCGAGAGCUUUGAGUGCGAAAUCAUGGUUAGAGGCGGAAGAGAGACUGUCGUGGAAAGGGAGUGGGAUGCAGCGAGAGAGGCGCUGGGAAAAUGGGCAUGA